UCCUUCCAAUGCUUGUUUUCUUUCUAUUCAUCGACGCUGUUGGAGCUGCUGAUCACAAAUAAUUUUUACAAUUCGUCGGGGGAGCAGGCAGGAAGCACUGGUUCAACAAACCAUACCAUUCCAUGGCUUUAUCUCACGAUUUGUGGCUCCUAUCGUUCUCUCGCUUGAAUCGAUCUUCAAGCCCUUCUCAAAUUUCCACUUUUUCUUCACCUGCUCAUGUUUCUUUCCGAUAUUCGCCUUCAUUUCUCCACCGUAACAAACCCCUAUUGUCGAUUAGGUCAGCAUCUGUUGAAGUACCAUCACCAGCUGCUAUUGCCUUGACGGACAAUGCAUUGAGGCACUUAAAUAGGAUGAGAUCUGAGAAAGGUGAAGACCUCUGUCUUAGAAUUGGUGUCAAACAAGGUGGAUGCUCUGGCUUGUCGUACACAAUGGAUUUUGAGAGCAAAGAAAAUGCCAGACCCGAUGAUUCUGUCAUGGAAUACAAUGGUUUUGUUAUAGUUUGCGAUCCCAAAAGCCUGCUGUUUCUCUUUGGUAUGCAGCUGGAUUACAGCGAUGCACUCAUUGGAGGAGGCUUCAACUUCACGAAUCCAAAUGCUACUCAAACGUGUGGAUGUGGUAAAUCAUUUGCUGCAGAGAUGUGAAUAGGAACAAGAUAUAUAAUAGGAACAUUUUAAACUGGCCAGGAUGUGUAGAAUUGUUUGAUCUUCUAUAUCCAGUCACUGUGCUUUUCCUUUGCCAAGCAUGUUCCGGUAUGUUGUGCUUUUGAGUAAUCCUAUAUUUCUGGCUGCAUUAAUUUGAA